AUAUUGGAUUUGAUGAACAAGUAGAACUUUAUAAAGAACAAACUUUUCAGACUAUUGAAGACGCAUAUGUUACAGUUAAGACUUACACAUAUUCAAAAGAUUUGGAAUUAGAAAGGAUACAAGAUAAAGAUUUGGUAUUCGUUGAUAAUGCAUUUGAUUAUCUAUUAGCACAUUCCUUUACACUUCUGAAACAACUUGAAAAACAAGUAAUUGAAGUUUGGAAAACAAAUGAUUCACAAGUUCUUAGAUUUUUAAAAGAAUACAUUAUUCAAAAGAGAUAUUUACUUGUUGAAAAUACAACUUGUGUAUCUUAUUUAGGUUAUAAAGCAAAUAUAUUUAAGGAAUGUUCCAAGUCUAAUAUAAUUGAAACUUUACCACUUACCAAUAUUUCUAAUUCUAUUAAAAAGAUUAAAAAAGGUCAACUACCAAAAAUAAAAUGCUAUCAAUCAUUAUUAGAAAAACAACUAUCAAGAAGUAAAGGGAAGCAACAUAAAUUGAUAUGUGGUUCUAGAACAAAUAUAUGUGGUGAAUGCAGUAGCAAAAGUCAUAAUCGCCAAUAG